AUGGAGAUCGAACAGCAAAUUAGUGUCACUCAGCUGCACGCUUCCGUGUCCCCUGCAAAUAUAUCAAACGACAUACAGUCCAUCACCGAUCCCUCGACCGCCCUACAAGCAUUUCUAUCUGAUGAACAUGAAACUAUCAAACCUUCUGGUGAUGCGAACAAUGUCCCAGAGUCCUUGGAUGUCCACCAACUCCAAGCACAAGUGACAGGCAUAGUAGAGACGGAAGGACGCGCCCUCGUCGUCGCCGCUCUCACAGAUCCCGAAUAUAUCGACGUCCAUCAACUUGAAAGUCAAGCCAUACACAUGAUUGAAACCGAAGGACGCACCCUACUCGUCUCCUAUGCCUCCAGGAUCCCCAUCGUUGGGCGAUUUAUUAGCACUCGCAUCAGCGGGACAGCCGUCGCUACCACCGCGGACGGUAAGCAGACCGAGGUCAAUGUCGAUAUUGCAGAUGUAGAGGGACUGGUGUCCGAAACGUCUCCUCUGCUGGGCGAGGCUCUGCGCGCGGGCAAGGAUCCAAAAGGCUAUGCCGAGAAGCGCAUCAAGGCGCUUGUGGUCACAUUGACCGGCCCUAUUAUGAGUCGUGUUCCCGAUAUCGAGGCUUAUGGAGAUAAUAAUAGUGAUAAUCAAAGUCUCCUGCUUCAAUUGUUUAUCGAGGUGUUUGUCUUAUCGAAAUAUGCUGGGCCCCUCUUCUUUUCGCAUAUCCAGGAGCAUUCGCUAGCGGUAGCCCCUACGGUGUCCCUUGGACACCUAUCAACCACGACCCUUGCUGCUUCGACGAUAGGUACCAUGGCCGCGAGUAUUACAGGUCACAGUAUCAUUCAAGGCUUCAUCAGUGCGCUUGAUGGCCUCCUUGCAUCAGCUGGUUCAGAUCAUCACCUCGCUACUGUCUGGUGUCUUCGCACAGCCCUUAUCACAGCGAUCGUUUUAAUGCCGAUCGUCCAACUCUGGUUCCAAGCUGAAUCAUUACUACUCCAAAUCGGCCAAGAUCCAGAGGUCGCAAGCUUAGCUUCUCAAUUUCUGAGAUUUACUGCCAUUGGUCUACCAUCCUACGCUUUCAACGAGAUAGCAAAACGAUACUUGAUUUCACAAGAUCUUUCCUCCGUUCAUACUCGUAUUCUUACAAUGACAGCACCCCUGAACAUGCUCCUUAAUUAUCUACUUGUCGACGGGCCAGAAUCGUUCCGCCUGGGCUUUGUAGGAGCCCCAGUGUCUACCGCAAUCAGUCACAAUCUCAUCUCUAUACUCCUAUUUUUUUAUAUUCUCAAAAGAGUCGUCACCAAACGAGAAGAACUAUUCGCGCGAUCGUCACCUCCUCCCCCUUUUUUCCAUGGCAUGUAUGACCUCUUGGUUGCAGGUAUCUCUGGCGUUGCUCGGAGUGCUUCGCAGUUGUGGUCUAAAGAUCUUGGUGGUCUUGCGGCCAGCAUGCUGGGCCCUAUUGCUUUAGCUACUCAGGCUAUCUUGCUUACUACUGCUACAACACUUCAUCAAGCACCUCGCGCUCUGUCAUCAUCGUCUUCUAAUCGUGUCAAGAAGCUCUUGGGGAGAGGAGAUGUGGUCAGGGCCAGAAUCGCAACAUUGGUGUCCUUUGUAGCUACAGUAUUCGGGGUGUUAACGCUUAGUAACGUCCUGUUGGCUUCUGCGGAUUCUUGGGGUGAACUGUUCAAUAAUGAUCCCGCUGUGCUGCAAAACGUCGCCUCUGUCUUGCCCUUUAUUGCCCUUUUCCAAGCUGUUCAUGGGCUUGGUGCCUGGGUUGAUGGUAUGCUAGGUGCUCUGGGGAAAACGGCCAUCUAUCCAGCUUUAAAUGCCAGCUCUGAUUACUUCGUAGGGAUUCCUUUGGGACUUUACUUGGCUUUUGGCCGCCAUUGGGGGCUCUCUGGGUUAUGGGCCGGUUUGAUUGCCAGUUUGACUUACUCUUUGGUGGUUGCUGCGAUCGUGCUCCUCACUUCGAGCUGGUCUUCACGCGACAAAAACACUCGAGAGGCGGAAGAAGACGAACCGGAUUGUGCGGAAGUCUAG